AAAGCCCCACGUCCCACGUUCUCACUCUUUUGGCUGCCGGCGUUGCAUGGUCUUGUGCCUCUUGUGCUCCGUUACGUUUAUUUUGCAAAUUAAUCAUGGCAGAAAAUAAGGAGCGUACCUUUAUUAUGGUGAAACCCGACGGUGUCCAACGUGGACUCGUCGGCAAGAUUAUUCAGCGUUUCGAAGACAAGGGAUUUAAGCUUGUAGCGAUGAAAAUGCUGUGGCCAUCUGAGGAUUUGUUGAAACAACAUUACGCAGAUUUAGCAGCUAGACCAUUCUUCCCUGGCUUGAUUAAGUACAUGAGCUCGGGACCAGUUGUACCGAUGGUAUGGGAAGGUCUGAAUUCAGUUAAGACUGGCCGUGUUAUGUUGGGAGAAACAAAUCCGAAGGAUUCCGCACCAGGAACGAUCCGUGGUGAUUUCUGUAUACAAGUCGGACGUAACAUCAUUCAUGGAUCCGAUUCCGUCGAGUCUGCCAAUAAAGAAAUCAAGCUGUGGUUCGGAGGAGAAAAGGAAGUCGUUGACUGGCCGUCUUGGGCAGAGAAGUGGAUAUAUGAAUAGAAUUCCAUUAAAAGACAAUUAUUAUCAAGACAUUAAAACUGGACCGUGCAUACUGCCAUUUAAAUACCAUCAGAGAGUAUUUGUAUAUAUACAAAUUUAUAUACAACUUAUAAGUGGGCUUGGGAAAUAAUAAAAUAGAUUCUUUUACGUA